AUGACGCCAAAGAAAACCAAAGGUCGUCAAAAAAUUGAGAUCGUGAAAAUUACAGAUGAUAAAAGUUUAGCAGUUACCUUUUCAAAACGCCGUUCUGGUAUUUUCAGAAAGUUUAGCGAGCUUGGCACCCUUUGUGGGGCUGAGACUGCAAUCGUCAUAUUCUCCCCAACUGGAAAGCCAUACUCAUUUGGCCAUCCAGAUGUUGAGACGAUUGUAGACCGCUACCUAGUGAGUUCUCAUUUUGAGGAAUCUCAUCCUAAUGCCAACACCGAAGCACUCACAAGGCAGCUGGCUGACAUGCUUGGUCAUCUGGAGGUUCAAAAAAAGGUUGGCAAAGAGCUUGACGAGAUUAAGAAAGCAAGGGAAAGAAGUUAUUGGUGGGGAGCUCCGACAGAGACUCUGGGAUUUGAAGAACUUGAGAAAUUAAAGGUGGCAUUGUUGGAAUUGAAGAAGGAUAGUGGAAAGCAAGCCGAGAGGCUUAUGCUGGAGGCUGCUAACCCUACACCAACAAUUCCUGUAGAUGGUGCUGGUCCAUCAACAACAACAUUUCCUGUCUUUGGUUCUAUUGGGGUAGAUGGUGCUGGUCCGUCGACACCAACAAUUCCUGUCUUCGGUUCUAUUGGGGUAGAUGGUCCUGGUCCGUCGACACCAACAAUUCCUUUCUUUGGUUCUACUGGGGUAGAUGGUGUUGGUCCGUCGAACUAA